ACAUGGGACUUGAUCUGGGGUCUCCAGGAUCACGCCCUGGGCUGAAGGCAGUGAUCCACCUGAUCCAGCUGAGCCACCCAGGCUGCCCUCAAGACCUUUUUGGAUCUUCAUUUGGUCAUCUUUUGUAUUAGCCCUUUCUCUUAGCUUUGUGUCGGCUACAGGUUGGAUAAAUAGGCACAUCUGUGCCCUCCCAAGUCAUUUCUAAAAUGUUGAACAAGUCCAAACUGAAGACCAAGGCCUCAAGCCAUCACUGGAUACCUCUCUAUACAUUUACUUCAACCUAUUAAACAGUAGUCUGUUGUCCAUGAUGAUCAACUGAUCUACCUAGUUAUUCUGUUUUGUUCACAAGGAUGUUGUAAGAGACUUUCCAAGAUGCCUUAUUGAAAUUCAAAUACCCAAAAGCCAAUAAGGGUAUUAGGUAUAAUGAUUUGAUAGUUGGUGAUCAGGGCUUUUCUUUCUGAAUGGAUUUAAUAAAUCUAGCCAGAAUUUUGCCUGGAAUGGAUGUCAAGUUCAGUGUUCUACUUUGUGGAAUCUACCUUUCUCCCCACUUUGAAAAUCAAAACUGCAUUUGCCUACUUCCAGUCUUUCACUUCUGUUUGCCAGGAUCUCUCAGAUUACCAGCAGCAGUACAGUCAUCUCACCUGGAAAAUCUCUGUGAAGCAAAUAAACAACAUGUAAGAUGUCAGAAAUGCUUGGAAUUUGGACAUUGGACUUAUGAAUGCACCGGAAAAAGAAAAUACUUGCAUAGGCCUUCAAGAACAGCAGAACUAAAGAAAGCUUUAAAAGAAAAAGAAAACAGAUUAUUAUUAUUGCAACAAAGGAGCUUCCCCCUCUCUCCCUUCAUGUUUAUCAGCAUCGGAGAAACUAAUGUAGAAAGGAAGACCAAGAAAAAAAGGUCUAAGAGUGUAACCAGUUCCAGCAGCAGUAGCAGCGACAGUUCAGCCAGUGAUUCUUCAUCAGAGAGUGAAGAAACGUCUACCUCAUCCUCCUCAGAGGACAGCGACACUGAUGAAAGCUCCUCCAGUUCCUCAUCUUCAUCCUCCUCCACAAGCUCUUCCUCGUCCUCUGAUUCAGACUCAGAUUCCAGCUCUUCCAGUAGCAGCAGCACCAGCACAGAGAGCAGCUCUGAGGAUGAACCACCAAAGAAGAAGAAAAAGAAAUAGAACGCCAUCUCUCUUGUACUGCUGGACUCAAAAAAUUAAUGUGACUUUCGAAAGGGGUAUUUAGACUACAUUAAGGCCAUAUAGGGUAACCAGUCAAAAUUACUGGAGUUCAAAAAUUUCUAAAUGUUUUACAUCAGAAGAGCAUAAAGAGUAUUAAUGGAUUAUAUAUAAGACUUUUUUUAUUUUAAGAGUAAAUCUUGUUUUUCUUUUUUAUUUUUAAUAUAUAUCUCUAAAACUUAAUCAAAGCUGAAUCCAGUAAAUCUGUUUUGGGGAUGAGACUUAUCUUUUCUCCCUGUGAGAUAAUUGCCAUCCUUUGUUAUAUGUUAGUGCUAUGUACCAGACAUAUUUUCAGGAUAAUGCAUCAGAAUAUCUGGCAGUGAAUUUCUUUUUUUUUUUUUUUUUGGCAGUGAAUUUCUAAUGCUUUUGGCUGUGUGUUAUUAUAUAAGAUUUAAUACAUUGUUACUAUAAAAUUAGAAGUGUUCCUCUUAAAAAUUGUGCCCUAUUUUUAUGUUUAUGUUCAGAAAGUUAUUCUGACUUCUUGUCCUAAAUGAAAAGCUCAAGGAACCUGUUAUUAUAUUUAUACCUUUUGGAUGGUACAAAUGUCAAGUUAUUGUGUUAUAUCAUCCAUUUUCUUCUGGCUCUUAGAGUUACUCUUUUUUUUUUUUUUUUUUUUUUUUUAAGUUCGUGCUGGGCUCGAACUCACAACCCUGUGAUCAAGACUUGAGCUGAGAUCAAGAGUCAAAUGCUUAACUGAAUGAGCCACCCAGGUAUCCUGUAAAGUUACUCUUUUUCUGAGGAAAAUCAAUCAGAAGAACCUAAAAAGGAACCAAAAUUCUGAAACUACUUAGGAGUCUAAUCUUGGUGCCUUUUGAUAAAUUCUGUGUAUUAGAAAAGAGUCAUUUAAAAGCCUAACUUAAGGAAAAGUGAUACAAGUAUCUUUGUGUUGUUAUGCUAUAAAAGGUAGGAGAGGAAAAAAUAGGUACAAAGGUAAUUUUAACAGAGAAUUAGGGCAAUGUUGGUUGCCUUUUAUUAAGUUUUUCUAAGCUUUCAUAAGGAUUGCCUUUUACCAUUUUUGCAAUUGUGGUAUAAGUUUAUAUGGCAGCUGGUCAUAUAUGACAUUCUACUGCAUAAAUAUGAAUGACUUGGACUAAUCUGGUGUGUUUACAUAGCAUAUACACAGUUGAAGUGUAGCAUGAAAGAUUAAAAAGAAAUAUUGCACAAUGUUUCUUAAAAUACUCUGCUGUGGUGAAAUUAUUUUGUUUCGCAUGACAUCAUUCUGUGAUGUCUUUUAAGCUCUUUGGAAAGAGUUAUCAUUUGUAGAAAAAUCUUGAUUCGGGCUAAAUAUGGGUUUUUAAAACUAUGAAUGUUGUCUUUUUUAUAUUUUUAUGAGAAAGUAGUAGAAAAUUGCUUUUGAAAAAAAUGGGCUUCUAUUUAAAUGUUAAAAUAUGUGUAACAAAUGUUGUAAGUUUAAGAAGCCUGUAAUUCCUUGUAUGUUUUAUAGAACCCUCUGCUUUCAGUGAUUGUAAAUAAACUCUCAAAACAUCAUUUCAAAGUCUCCAUACAGAAGACAUCAACUGACAUAGAUUUAAUAAAUAAUUAAACAUAUUUUACAAUGUUGGUCAUCUCUCCGUAAGGGCAUUUUUAGCAGUUAAAGAACAUAGAAGAGAAAAGUGUACAGAGGUUGCAACACUUGCAAUUGAAUAAAACUCCUCAUUAGUGCUUAUAA